AUGGUAUUUUCAGCUGCUCUAUUGUUUCUUUUGUCUUUCAGUAUCAUUGAAGUAAACGGGCAACAAUGUUUAAAUGGAGGAACUCCAAUUAACGGAACUGCAUGUCAGUGUCCAGCUUAUGUGGCAGGGGAACGUUGUGAAACUGUAAAAUGCCAGCGAUGGGGUGUUCCUGACAAGGAUCGAUGUGUUUGUGCACCCGGAUGGUAUGAUAAAUACUGUGGAAUCAGAGGAUGUAGACCACCAAAUGAAGGAAAUUUGGAUAAUUCGAAGAGGUCAAUCAUCGUUGUUUUCAAUACAAAAACCUCAAUGGCUGGACAAUUGGCCAGUCUGAAAAACAACUUUAAGGCAAUGGUUACCUCGAUAACUGAGAACUGGAAUAACAACAAUCAAACUGAGAAUUGGGUUGCUAAUUUCAUGUUUUACGGAUUUAUUCAAGGGUCACAACAGCUGACGAUCAGUACCAACUUCACUGAAAACCUCGAUGACUUUAUUAACUUUUUGGGUACUGUGCAACUUCAAGAUGGACCUGCAAAUCAACCUGUACUCGGUGCACUCAAGAAUUCUCAGCAAACUUUUCCCCUCAUGAAAUCUCAUGCAAUCGUUCUUGUAUUCACGGAUAGUCCUGCUUCGGAUGCGACUCCAUGGUCUCACAGAUUCGAAGACCGGAAUCUGGAGCAGUUAUGUCUCCAAAUCUCAUUUUUAUGGAGAUCCAAAGUCACUUUCCUAUUGUCAUUCCCACAAAACACUGAUUUCACUCAAGACGGAGUUGAUGUGUAUAGAAGACUUUCAAUGUCCACUCACGGGGAUUUCAUCAAUGUUAAGAGUGCUGAUGAGUCAUCUGAUAUCCUGAGAAAUGUCAUAUCUACCUUUUUCUUCCCUGAAAACGUCGGAGUUGGAUUUGGACUGAAUGAUGUGACAUCUUUAGAGCCCACUCCUGAUAACGCGGAUGACUGGGUUUUCACACUGCUGACAAAAGACUUCGGAGCUUCAUAUGAUCUACCUGAUGUUGCUGGAACAGUCGUAGUAACCCAGGGAACUAAUUACAAGCUGGUUGCCGGACAAAACAUGGAUGUUGUAAAUAUAACUUCAGUAAAGGGAACAUACAACUACCGUACUUAUCUUCAAUCAAAAAACACGCUUCUUUUCGAUUAUAACAGUGAUAUGAUGAUCGACGUGGGUAAUGGAAUUGUUCAUUUGGGUGUCACAAUGCACUCAACCAUUCGAACUUUUGGUUUUCCCGAUUAUCAAAGCAUGUCGUAUCAUGUCAUUCAAUCAAAUGAAAAACUUAUUAGAGAAGCGUUCAUGGCAUUCCGAAGACCACAAGAGGACUGCACUUUUGAAUGGGCUUUUGAUCCAUGGGUGAACACGGAUGAUUGUCCACCAGGGCCUAUUACACAAGUACAUCUGCUCAACUAUAAUGGUUAUUAUAAAGGAAGAGUUACUCCAGGAUACUGUGAUCAGAUUGCUCACUAUUCUCCCCAAGUUCAAGGGUACGUUGUCCCCCAUUCCAGACACAAUGAGAUUCGUGAAAAGACUCAAGCUAUCACUCCAUUUGAAUCAUGCUCUAUCACCGACAUAAAUGCUAUCGAUGAUCCACGUCUUGCUUCUCCAAACCAAUUCAUUUUCAUUUUGGAAUUGCACACAGCAAAUCAAAAUGUCUACAAGACUCUUGCAGCUGAAAUCGAACAAAUAGUGAACCUUGCGGAUUCAGUAACUGAGGAUUCUUACAAGAAAGAAUUCACACUGAUUGUUUUCAAUGACGUCAACUCGCGUGUGUUGUUCAGUUCGUACAAUCCUAAUAACUUUAUCAAAAAGUUCCGAGACGUUAUCGGUCAAUUGGAUUAUGCCAGCAAGUUGGAGAGUUCUCUCGGUCUUCUGUCAAUUGUUCAGGCUCAAAAACAGAAUAUCAAGCCAACAUCUCAAGUUUAUUAUUUCACAAAUCAAGCUACAACUUCAGUUGCACAAAUUGAUAGAGGAUGGGAUAUUAUUGACAGAAAAAUUGAGUUCAACUUCUUCACAAUUGCUGAUGGUGUUACAACUGAAAUAUUCGCACUACCAAAACAAUUGGAACUGGUUCAAAAGAUGACAAAUGGAAGAAUUAUUCCAUUGAAUCCAAAUGAGAAAACUUUAGUCAACUUGUUUGCUGACAUCAUGCCGAUGAAUGCCCUCACAACUGAUAACGAAAACUACGACUGUCAUACCACACCGUACACUCUUGACGCCUUUGUGGAGAACAACUCCGAUGCUACAGUCUUUCAAAUUGUUGGAACUGGACUGAAAGACGUUUCCAUUUUGGAUGCUGCUGGUACACCUGUCAAAGUUGACACAAGCACGCAUUUCCAGAACGAAAACUUCAAAUCUUUGAGCAUUAAAACUUUCAACUAUAGACCUGGUAUCUGGAGAGUUUCAAUUUCCACGUCGCGAGGUGGAUGUCAAUUGACAGUGAGACAUAAAUCACAAAAUGGAGUUAUCUAUGGGUUCACGAACGCAAGUGACUCGGAUAUAGUUAACACACAAAUCCCACUGCAGAGAUCUGCAAUUUCCAACAAUCAGAUGAUGUAUGUUCCAAUCAGAAUCAAACAAGGUUAUCCGCUGGCUAUUCUUACCUCGAAUUUAGAAAUUCAACUGGUGAAUAGAGCUCGCUACGAUAAACCAACAAGCUACAAAGUCAUCGAUGUUUUACAACGGGAUUCUGCCAAGUGCGCCUUUAGUUACAUCACUCCAAAAAUUGUGAUUCCAAGAAAUGAAUUGACGACAUACAUUCUCACUAGUUACGACGAUUCAAAUAAUUUGAUUCUUCGGCGUAUUUUCUAUUACUAUCAGCACUCUCCAGCAGAUGCUUCUCUAUGUCACGGGGGUCAAGUAGACCAAUACGGACAGUGUAUUUGUCCAGAACGUUACACUGGAGAAUACUGUUGGGACAGAAUUUGUGCUCCUGGUGCGACACUUUCUCACGGAAUAUGUAGCUGUUCUUCUGGAUUCUACGGCGAUUUUUGUGAACUGGAACUGUUGAUGCCGAAUGCUUCAACCACUAUGAUUCCUGGUACAGGUUCUCCAACAACUGUAGUCACACUUCAAACCACAACCAAAACUGGGCCACACGGCACUGGUUUCAUUUUCGUUUUUAUGAUUGUAAUUGCUUUCAACUUAUAA